AUGAAUGAGAAUGCUGUACCUGACAAGUUAGACCAAGAGAAACGUAAUGCUAUGAUCAGUGGUAAUGAUAUCAAAGGAACCAAUGAUGUGCACAGUACUGCUACUGGUACAAACAAGCCAUUGAUAGGAGGUCCUCCACUUUCUCCUAUUGCAUUAAUGGAUAUACCAGAUGAUAGACCAAAAGUAUCUGAAUUGAUAGAGUUUCAUGAGUUAUUGAUCAAAGGACAACUGAAGGAGUCUCUACCACUGCUUGAUGCUGAUACUAUAAGAAAGAUUAGAAAUGCUGUUAAUGAUCAUGAAGGAAUGUCUCUUCUUAUAAGAGCAUUUGAAGAACAUCCAACACUGCUACAUGAAAUGAGAGUAGCCACUGGAAAAAUAAAAGGUUCAUCACAAAAGACACUAAAGUCUCCUCCCCCAGUAACACCUAAACCAAGAUUAUUGUCACAAAGUGGACGAUCUCAACCAUUGACAACAGCAAAAGAGCCACAUUCAUUUUCACAAACUGCCCAACCUUUACCAACAGCACCUAAACCACAUCGACUGUCACAAACUACACAACCUCCUCCAAAAGCACCUAAACCACACCGACUAUCAUUAUCUAAAAAACCUCUACCACCAGCACCUAAACCAAGUCAAUCUCAAAAUUCAUCAUCAGCUACACAUGAUCCAACAGCAACAGUACUGCAAGAUAAGGAGGAGAAGAAAGAUCCAUCAUCAUUCAAACCAAUGGAAGGAUCAAGGUCACCAGAAUACAUUACAAUGAAAGAGAUGUUAGCUGAUCUUGUUGAUCUGUUGGCAGGAAAUGCUCCAGUUAUUUCAAGAUUAAAUAAUCAUCUCUUUUCUCUUGCUGUCAUACCUCAAGAUGUACACAAUGCUGUUGCUAAUCCUUAUCCUACUCCGAAUGAAAGAUUUACAUAA